AUCAAUCAAUUUAUUUAGGACAUUGAAUGCUAUAUCGAUCUAGAUCUAAUAGUGAAUAAUUCAUCAAUGUUUUUAUUCACCACGCGCUACUACUCCUCGAUUUUUGCCUAAAUUUUCAACCAGCCGAUUUUUAAAGUUAACUACUAGAUCUAUAGAAUUACAGGCUUAACAUUAAAUCAGUAGCUGCUCAUUGGUCAUAGUAAAUCACAAAAACAAAAUAUUAGUGCAAAACGCAUAUUUUUGUUGUUGUUGAUCUUCGUUUAAAUUUGUUAAUUAUAAUAAAUGACUAUAGUAUAGCUCUAGAAUGAGCGAAAUAAAUAUUAAUAACCAUUACUAUUAUAAUAACCAACUACGACCGAAUAGUAGUAAUAGUAAUAAAUCAUUUUACUUUGAAAUUAGCUUUCCUUUGGUAAUAUCUAUAUGUUGCGUUUUGCCUUUGGCUGCUCUAUUUUUCUGUAUUGUUUGGAGUCUGACUUUUGAUUUUUAUGAAACUACAUCAACAAUAUGCCAUGGCAAGGAGAAUGUGAAGAAUUAUUUUCCGUCUGUGAGUGUUGCGACGGGCCUCCUGACCCCCCAGAGAUACAUCUGGAGGUUUGCCAUUGCCGUACACCUUACCCCCAGGUUUCUCAUAGCUUACGGCUACUACACCACACACCAGCUCAUUGUUCAUGGGAGAAACAAGAGGCGACUCUCCGCUCUAGCCUGUACCUCACACAUGGUAGAGAUUUUCAGCCUUGCUGGUCUCAGCUUCAUUUCAUCAACUGAAAAUUUUGAGAUGCACAAAUAUUGCUUUAUCUCAUUCAUGUUGAGUGCUACUAUCCACAUGAUCACACUGUGCUUCCUAUACUAUCUGGGUUCUAGGGGAGACAAACUGAAAGAUUUUCCAUUGUCGUUAAAACUUAAACUUGCCAUUCUGGUGGUCAACUUACUUGCUUUCUGCAUGGCCCUGUGGUUCUAUGAUAGACAUAACACACAUUGUGAAGAUGGGGUGUACAGUUUGUUUGGGAUUUGUGAAGUGGUUGUCAUAGCAACCAAUGUUUUCUUCCACUCUACUGCUGUACUGGACUUCCGCUCUUCUCAGAUAGCCUUGGUCAGUGCAAGUGUGUAACUGGACUUACGUUCUGCUCAGAUAGCCUUGGUCAGUGCAAGUGUGUAAUGUUUACCUUGACCAGUAUCCAGUAAUGUUUACUUACAGCAAACUAGUCUGUGAUUGUUUUCUAGCAUUCAACAUAAUUUUUAAAAACUCUGCUGACAAUUAAAUAAAUUCUUGUUGGUGAGUUGCUGUUAUAUGUAGGUGAUGAUUGUAUACAUAUUUUACUGAACAUGGAGUUUUCUUACAAAAAAAAUUAAUACUAAUUUUUUUAUCUUUGUAUAAACCAUUUCUCAUGGUGAGCGUUUUUGUUAAAUCUAUUUUACUGAAUAU